AUGCCACUUAAACUCCGAGGCUCAACAACAGCUGCGACCAUCUUCACUAUCACCUUCGGACAGUUCCUCUCAUAUGUGGCCCUGAAGCUGACAUCUCCCACACCUGGGCCUGGGUCAUAUCAGAAUAUGUUCGCCGUUCAGUGGGGCUUUGCUGCCGUAAGCUGCAUCGGUCUCUACUUCAUCCCUAAGUCGCCAUACUUCUUCGUGUCGCGCGGCAGACCGGACAAAGCCCACAAGAGUAUCGCCAAAAUCUACGGCAAGGAUGCGGAUGUCGAGGGUCGUAUCGCUGAUAUUAUGACUGCACUUCGUCUGUAUUCGGAGGGAGAAAAGACAUCUUCAGGUCUUAUGGCUUGCUUCUCCAAGCAGCAUCGACGAAGAACACUCAUCACUUGCGGCGCCUUCACACUCGCCUCGCAAAGUGGUUCGACUUAG